UAAAAACUAAAAAAGAUCGAGAGAUUGGGACAAGAUGAGAUUACGAGAAAAAAUGGGAUUAGGGUUAGGGCUUAGAAUCGCAUUGUCGUUGAGCUUUGCCCUUGUUUUGGUGGCGGGAUCGGAAAUUAACGAGGGGUUUCGCAACUCGAACAAGGAGAAGAAGCACAACUGCACCUACACGGUCAUCAUAGAAACAACAUGCACCGAGGGCGCGGGCACAGACGCACACAUCAGUCUCAGAUUCGGCGACUCAACCCCGACCGACAUCCUGACACGUCAUCUCGCCAAGGAUCGCAGAAAAAGACCAUCUGCCAACCUCACCGACAUUAUCGACGUACCGGACAGACCAUUUCAAGAGUGCACAACCGAUGUCUUCAAGGUCACCGGAACCUGCGUACGGUCACAAGUAUGCUACCUGUACUUGAAGCAAAGAGGUGAAGAUAACUGGAGGCCUGGCCGAGCUCAGGUUCUCGUUGAUGAGUCGCCGGAGUUUUCGUCGAAGAAUUUUUAUUUUCGAAGGGUUCUGCCGAGGGGAGUGUGGCAUGGGCAUGAUAUGUGCACAGGGAAGGUUACUCCUUUUGGUGUCAAGCAGGAGAGGAAAGUGUUUGCACCUAAGCAUGGUUUGAAAUAUACUUAAUUAGGUGCUAGAGAUGAGAAUAUUAUGAAUUAUUGUAUCUUCGGCGUUCAAAGUGAUAGAAGUGUUUGAUGUCCUCGUUUAAUUUAUGUCAAAAACCAAUAAUAUUCUUGGAGUAUAAAACUA